ACUCUGGUGGCCUGGAUGGAUGAAGAAGGCGCGGCGCAAAUCACUUGUCCAGCUCUCGCUCAGCGCGCCGCCGUCACCCAUCCCAUCCACUGCAGCGACGCGCCCCGCGCACACAACAAAAAAGGCGGCGGCGUCCCUCCCUCACCUCUCGCGUCGCGCGUGUCCCAACUCCCAACCCUGCCCGGCCGCCGGCUGCGAGCGAUGCCCGCGAUCCCGACCGCCCCAGCGCCCGGCCCCGCCCGCAUCCUCCUCGCCCGCCACAGCCGCCUCCCCGUCUUCUCCCCCUCCCCGUCGCCGUGCUCUAGCCACCACCAGCUCCCCACCCACCUGCUGCGCCUUCCCCUCCGCCACCGCGCCGCUGCCAUGUCCGCCGAGGCGCGGGCGUCCGAGUCGCCGGUGGCGCCGCCGGCGCACCCCACCUACGACCUCAAGGCCGUCAUCGCGCUCGCCCUCUCCGAGGACGCCGGAGAUCGAGAUAAUGGGUAUGUUGACUAAAGAAGUUAAAUGCCACUUGGGUCCCUUCAGUAAACUCCAGUCAGGGGAUGUGUCUUGUUUGGCCACCAUACCGUCUGAUGUGGAAGCUGAAGCCACAUUUAUUGCUAAAGCAGAUGGUGUCAUUGCUGGAAUAAGCCUAGCAGAUAUGAUAUUUAACCAGGUUGAUCCAUCGUUGAAGGUCCAAUGGUUUGAAAGUGAUGGAAAUUUUGUCCACAAAGGAUUUCAGUUUGGCAAAGUACAUGGGUGCGCUCGGAGUAUCAUUGUUGCUGAAAGAGUUGUGCUCAAUUUCAUGCAGAGGAUGAGUGGCAUUGCGACCCUAACAAAGGCUAUGUCUGAUGCUGCCCGUCCAGCAUGCAUACUGGAAACAAGGAAAACUGCCCCAGGUUUACGUCUGGUUGACAAGUGGGCGGUACUGAUUGGUGGCGGAAAGAACCACAGGCUUGGUUUAUUUGAUAUGGUUAUGAUAAAGGAUAAUCAUAUUUCGGUUGCUGGAGGGAUUGCAAAUGCAAUGAGAUCUGUUGACCAAUUCUUGGAGAAGGAAAAACUUGCACUUCCUGUCGAGGUUGAGACAAGGACAAUUGAAGAAGUAAAAGAUGUGUUGAAGUAUGCUGCUGAGAACAAAACUUCAUUAACCCGUAUAAUGUUGGACAAUAUGGUUGUCCCUCUUCCAAAUGGGGAUGUAGAUGUAUCAAUGCUUAAAGAUGCAGUUCAGUUGAUAAAUGGUAAAUUUGAGACUGAGGCAUCUGGAAAUGUGACAAUUGAUACAGUAAAGAAAAUCGGAGAAACAGGAGUCACCUAUAUUUCAAGUGGAGCAUUAACUCAUUCUGUGAAGGCACUUGACAUAUCUCUUAAGAUCGACACUGAACUCGCUCUUCAAGUUGGAAGACGCACAAAUCGUGCCUGACUCUACAGCAUUAUUGUAUACCUUGCCACAUUUACAAGAUGAUAACCUAGCGUGGCAAAUCAACCUAGAUCAAUAUUAAAAUCCACGCCUCGCUCAUGGAGCUGAGAGCUCUGACUGCAAAUAUAAGGGAUCCAUUUUCUAGUUUUCUCCAAAAUUACACCAACACCACAAUAUAUGUAGAACAGAAUAAUAUUCAGGAGGACCUGUUGUUUCUGGAAUAUAUAUUCUAGCACCAAAUUUGGAAGCUGGAAAAGGAGCGACAGCUGCAUCCUGCGGCAUUUAGCCAGGUAGUUCUUCUUGCUCCCAGUUAAGAGAAUUGACUUUCUCGACAGGUGGAUCACUGUAAACGGGAUGUCGCACUGAACCUGCAAUACCACAGAAUAAUGGAAGUUUGAGAAUAAAGAUGCCUAUCUUACCAGAAUUGCCGUUUGUGACUAAAAGGAAGGGUCAUUAUUUCGAUGAACAAAAGUGAGAGGUUAGAAGGUCAACUCUGUACUUUACAUCAGUUAACACUGUCAUCUCACCCCUAGUACUGGUAAUGUGUAUCUCAUUCUCGUGUACUCUACAUAAUCAAUUCCCUUUCUCAA